UUUCAGUACCAAAAGCGGUAACCCCCCCGAGCUACACUCGGGCUUACCAUGCGGCGCUGCUCAGGGAGUCCCUGCAGAGCUUACCUUGUCCUUCAGUGUCCCCAGCCAUCUCCUCAGGCCGAUGCCGGCAUCUGGCUUCCGUGUUCUGGUCCCUGUGACGUCGGGACGUACGGGCGCCGGAACCGGCAGCAAAUUUGAAAUUUAAAAAAAAUUUCAUUUUUUUCAAAACUAAUUUUACAUAUGCUUUGUCCGGCGCCCUGCCUGCAUUUUGACUGUUUUUUCUG